UCCUUUCACAUGACUGUCUUUGCGUGUGACCGCCCCCCCUGCAUUCCUCCAGUAGAUGUUCCUCUCGUCAACCAAAGCCUGAAACUAGUGAGAUAUUUUAUUAUUAUCAUUAUUAUUUGUAUUUUUAUCGGUCGCAGGGCAGUUUGACGCGAGCUCUCACAGCGUUCGCGUUUUUUGGUGGCGGAGACUUGAGGAGUCCUGAGAACUGAUGACAACAAAAGACAUCAUUUUGGACCAUGGCGGAACUUAGUCCGUAUGACUCCAGAGGGUGUAAUUUUUUUUUCCUAUAUGAUGGCUCCAAGGUGAAGGGAGAGGGGGAUCCGACUCGCAAGGGGAUCUGCUACUUCUAUACGGAAGAGACCCCCAUAGAUAAGCAGGAGCUACUUUGUGGGCAACUUGCCGGAGUGGUUCGUUGCAUUUCGGAGCUUUCUUCCUCCCCUGUGCGCCUUCUGAGGCUGCGUCGCCAGAAGUUUGCAAUCCGCAUGAAAGAGGACUUCUUCUGGGCUCUGGGCUGCUCCAUGGAAACUCCCAGCGUCAGUGUCUGUGAGCUACUGGAUAAGCUAAUAAACCUCUUUUGUUUCUACAAUGGCUCUGUACGCCAGAGCUACAAGCUUCAGAGUCGGGAAACCUUGGCUGCUCGGUGGUCAAAUUACCUGUCGCACCUGCUCGCUGGACCGUCGGAGCUUCAUCGUGUCUUCAGCUCCUUGACCGCAAUGGACUCGACAAAUGUUGACCCUCUUCUGCUGCUCAAGGCUGCCGUCAUUCUGCAGGCCUGCCAGCGAUGCCCCCUAGUGUUAGCAGGCUGUGUUAUUUUCAGGGGACGAGUCGUGAGCACACAGAUGUCCCCAGAUCUUACCAUGAAGGUUAUGGUUCAAGAGAGUGAAACCUUCAAGGCGCAGUCGCCCAAAGACCCGAGCCCAUCAAGCUUAUUCUGUAAUGUUGUCAGCUCUACGUCCGUGUUCCUCACCACGUUUGAACUUCAGUACCUGCAAUCUGCUCCUGUUGACAGAGAAUCAUGGUCCCAUUCUACUCCGAUUAAAGCCUCUUCCAUACAUAAGAGCCUGACAAGGAUGCCAUCAGAUACAGCCUCUUCUGAAUCUCUGCCUUCAGAUCCACCUUCCAUCCAAAACGGAACCUCGAGCCCUCGCUUGUCUGCAUUAGACAACUCCGUUUUUGGCCCAGUUCCAUUGCAGAGUACCACUCAUCCACUCUACCCCAGACCAAAUGGGGAAGCCUCUCAUAACGCUGAGGAAGAAGUUCUACAAAGUUCAAACUAUGAUAGUUUUGACAGCAGUGGAGGGGAAAGAGGCAGCUCGGAGCACAACACAAGCUCGCACCUUAAUGGAGGGGAUGGAGGUGCAUGCUCUGGGACAGAAUUUGACUCUGGAGAGACAGAGCUCUGCGAUGAAUCACAUCAUCGCAUAUUUGAAAGGCCCAAUUUAGGUGUUACGGAAAACAAGACUGCCCCCGUCCACCCGGACGACACCGCCCUGGUCCCCAUGGCACUGUACCUUCACAGGGUCAAGGGCCUGGUGCUGGCCUUGCUGGUGGAACCUCACUUCUUAUGUGAUCAAGCUGCCAUGGAGGAAGUGUAUCACAGCUGCUUAGCGUCGCUGAAUGGACUUGAGGCCCAUCUCAGAAGCAUCGCUCCAGGGGCGCCGGGCACUGCAGGACCCUACGUCUUUGCCCACUUCGACUGCGCUCAGAGCACGCUAACAACCAACCUGUCUGGUCGACCAGGGGGAGCCCCCGAGCGUCCUUUUGUCAGAGCCACAUCGCUUCUUCACUCGCAUUUCUGUAACACUGAAACUCUGCAGGAGGCUAUUAUCAGGAACGCCGCCACUGCUGUCUACGGAGCCCGCAGCGUGGCCCACGAGACGUAUUUCUUGCAGCACGGUGUCGCGGCGAGGAACUCGGGCAUCCCCAACCACCAGGACAGCGCGUUCUCCCUGCCCAGCAAGGCUCGCCACAGACUGCUCAAACAUGGCGUUAACCUGUUCUGAUGUGACAGCGCCGCUACAGUUGAGAUCAGGGGCCCUAUUUUCGUGACCGGCGUAAAUCCGGUGCGGUGGGCAGCGCAACUGUACGCCAUGGGCGGGUUAGACCAGUGUUGUUAAUUUCGUAAACCAGCGCAGCCCGGCAGAUCAGUUAGCGGGCCUCUGUGGCUGGGUUUACGACUGAAUUCAUUCGCUGCCAAUCAAAGCGGCUCCUCUCAUUCCUUUUAAAUGUGCAGAAGAAGAAGAUGCGUAAUCGCAGCCAUCCGUGCAUGAGUGUAGCAUUGUUACUGCUCUUGGCUCUUGGUGUGGCAAUAGACAAUGUGAGUAGGUACCCUUAUUAAAUACAGAAUGAGCUGGUGAUAACCACUGGUAACAUAAAUAUGUCCGCUGAGCUCGGUAUGUCUGCCUGUGGUCCGAUCAAGUUCAUCAAAAUCGUGUUAGACCAGCGAUCAAAGGUUUACACGUGGUCUGACCGACUUUCUGCCACCAAAUUGUGACUCCGCCUGGCACAUCACAAAAGACACGGCUUCGCUGCGCCGAAAUGCCCCACUUGGCACAGACAGACCUCCAGUAAACAUAAAACAUUUACAUAGGAUCUUACUGUACCACUUAUAUAUCACCUUAUUUAAUAAUCAUUUGCAUUGAAAAUAUUAAACUAGUCACAAUUUCA